AUGUCCCAUCUCACCAUGUCCCUCGUCCUUGAUCAUCCUUUAGCGUCGUUAUCUGCUGGCAUUGCCGCAUACCUCAUUGUUCGCAAGAUUCUUCAAUCUCGUUCAAAUGGGGUCCAUUCUCUUCCCGAGCCAGUCGGCGCUCAUUGGUUUUGGGGUCAUGAGAUGAUAGUACAUGAAGCCUCGUAUGGAGAGGCGCAUACUGCCUGGACUAAUUCAUAUGGCUCGACUUAUAAGAUUAAGGGGGCCAUGUUCCACCCUGAUAUAUUGGUGACUACCGACCCUGCUGCAAUAACUCACAUGUUUGGAAAAGAAGUCUACUCUUAUGUUAAAUCCCCAGUCAUUCGUCCUAUCAUUGACCGGCUCAUGGGGAAAAGCCUCACCUGGGCAGAAGGUGAUGUACAUAAACGACAACGCCAGCAGCUCACCCGUUUUUUCACUACUCAAGCGACCCGUGACAUGUUUGACAUGAUAAAUGCCUGUGCGCGAAGUGGGUCGGAACAUCUUGCGUCCGAGGUUGCUCGGACACGCUGUGACCCUAAAUACGGAGCCAAGGUCAAUCUUUGCGACAUCACAUCACAUAUUACCUUGGAUAUCAUUGGCCGCUUUGCCUUUGACUAUGAUUUUGAAUGCGGAAAGAGCGAAGCCUCCCAAAAGAUUGCGAGCUCAUGGAAGAAUCAGGUCGACCUCGGUUUCCAAAAGGCUGGACUAAUUGGACUGGUUGUUCUCCGUGCCUUUCCGUUCAUUGUGGAUCUACCAGUCAAGUCUAUUCAAGCACAGGGAGAAGUCAAGACAAUCCUCAGAGAAAUUUCAGAGAAAAUACUGGCACACGAUACUGGGGAUAAACAAAAGGAAGACUUGCUCAGCACGCUAAUGAAAAUGGUUCGAAGAGGGGAAGUGGAUGCACCCAAAGAAGAGCUCCUAGACCACGUGUCAGCGAUGGUUCUAGUUGGUCAAGAGACCACCUCAGGGGCCAUCAACUUCACACUACAUGAGCUUGCUAGAAAUCCGGGAUAUCAACAGCGUCUCCGAGAUGAGAUUAGCGCGCUUGGUCGGGAGCCUACCUAUGAAGAUCUCAUGACCGGGAUGCCCUGGCUUGAUGCUGUCAUGAAAGAGGGCUUCCGACACCGACCUCCAUCUUCUCAUACAGAACGAGUAGCACUCAAGGACGAUGUGUUGAGGUUACGCAACCCCGUUUACAACCACCAGCGGGGUGGUCGUAAGAUUAAUGAAGUGCCUAUCAAAGCCGGCCAGUUGAUCCACAUACCAUCGAUUUCCAUGAGCCACGCAAAGAGCGUAUGGGGUGAAGAUGCGGAUGAAUUCAGGCCGGAGCGCUGGUUGGAUCCAUCUAGACUUCCACAGGCGGGUGCAACCAUCUCUGGAUGGAACGGCCUCUUUGUAUUUUCGGAAGGACCGCGCCAAUGUAUCGGGCUUCGACUAGCAAUACUAUCAUUCAAGGCGAUUUUGGCUGCGUUCAUUAACAACUUCGAGUUCCACGAUACUGGCGCAAUCGUAAAAGCCCGUUUCUCUGCAACCCUUCAGCCUUUUGUACAAGGCGAAGAGGAGAAAGGACUACAGUUACCGAUUGGGGUAUCUGUUAUUGAACACAUUUAA